AGCUGGUUCAAGAUAGCCGUACACGGAGUCCCAACCGCUGACAUCCUAAACGAAUCUCGAGAAUCUUUCGCAGAGCUCGUUCGGGACGAAGUAAAGACCUUUAAUAAAGGUCUUAAUCCCGUCGGUAACCCGUACUGGCUAACCUCCGAAGAAAAACGGCAGACAGCUAAGGCCGGCUCUGUAACCCUCGCCUUCGAAUCAGAACGGGAAGCCUUAAAAGCUAUAUCAGGACGUCUCUACCUCUUCGGAGUUAGCUGCGCUGCGGAAAAGCUAAGAGGUCCCCGGAAGGCCUCUCCCCCUCGAAAAUAG